AUGAAACUGGAAGUUUUUGAUAAAUGGUUUGAUCAUUUUUUAGUGCACGUAAAACCAUCAUCAGAGGAUCCAGCAAUUUUAAUUUUAGAUGGCCAUCUCUCGCACAUACAAAAUUUGAAUGUGGUGCUGAAAGCAAGAGACAAUCACGUCAUCAUUAUCUGCUUACCACCUCACUGCACGCACAAGCUCCAACCACCAAGUGUUAUGUACCCUCUCAGCGUCUAUCACAACCUAGAAUUGGAAAAGUGGAUGAACAAUCAUCCGGGAAGAGUGGUCUCUGUUUUCCAAAUCACUAAAGUUUUUGCAGGGGCUUACUUGAAGGCAGCGAUACCUUCAAACGCCAUUAAUGGGUUUAAGAAAUGUGGGAUUUAUCCCUUAAAUCAGGAUGUUUUCGCCGAUGUUGACUAUGUGACUGCUGAAGCGACUGAAAUGGAUAUUGAGGCCGAAGACUCUUGCAAUUCAAUAUCUGUUCUGGCAAAUUGA